UUGUGCGAAAAAACAACCUCAUGAGCUGGAGUAUCCCUACCCUACUAGUUUCUCCAAACUCGAAAGUUGCAUUAAAACGCAGUCGUUCUUCCAAUGUUCAAGCAAAGUGGAGCAUACAAAAUUGGGGAAUUCUAAAAACAAGAAUAAGGAUAGAAAAAUAGAGGAAAUACCUUACACCCGAACAGAUCCGAUUUGCUCAAGAAGAAGAAACACUCCCAGAAAAAAUGGGCAAAAUUCCGGCAUGUCUUCGAUCAACAGCAACCCAAAUCCUUAAAAACACAGCUCAAUCUCAACCCUCUAAACCCUCUCCUUCCUCCCAUUUCUCUCGCAGCAACAAAAAACUCAAAUCAAUUAAACCCCUAAAACCCUCCUUAAACCCUAAUUUCUCAUCUCCCAUCACUUCCCCAAAUCUUUCUGAAGCCAAAACCUUAAUAAAUUCCCUAAUUUCAAACCCUAAAACCCCUAUUGAUCUUCAAUUCCACAAUUCCCUUCUUCAUUCUUAUUCCUCAAUUGCCCCUUUACAUGAUUGUUUUGAUUUAUUCAACCAUAUGGUCAAAACCCUACCUUGUUUCUCCCCUGAUCGUUCUUCUUUCCACAUUUUGCUCUCUCACUCGUUUAAUUCCAAAACGAGUCAUUCCCCUGUUCCUCAUGUUUGCCGGGUUCUCGAUUUUAUGGCUUCUCAUGGGUUUCCGCCGGAUCCGGUUACAGUGGAUAUCGCUGUUCGGGUUCUUUGUCGGUCUGGGUACGAUGAGGAUGCUGUGAAGUUUGUCACUGAGUUGCAUUGUAAGAAUUCUGUGACUCUUGAUUACUAUACUUAUAAUUUUCUUGUUAAGCACUUGUGUAAGAAUAGGUCGAUGAGUAUGGUUUAUACGGUGAUAGAUGAGUUGCGGGGUUCGGUUGGGAUGAAGCCGGAUUUGGUUACUUACACUAUAUUGAUUGAUAAUGUGUGUAAUAGUAAGAAUGUGCGUGAGGCUACGCGGUUAUUGAGCGAGCUUAAUGAGAACGGUUUUAAGCCGGACUGUUAUGUUUAUAAUACUGUAAUGAAAGGUUAUUGCAAUUUGAGUCUUAGUAAUGAACUAGUCAAGCUUUAUAAGAAGAUGACAGAAGAGGGGGUGGAACCUGAUAUUGUGACCUAUAAUACGCUUAUUUUUGGGUUGUCAAAAACCGGGAGAGUUAAGGAGGCUAGAAAGUAUUUGGAAGUUAUGACAAAAACGGACCAUUCCCCAGAUACCGUUACUUAUACGUCAUUGAUGAAUGGGUUGUGUAGAGAAGGAGAUGCAAUGGGGGCUAUGAGGUUGCUUGUUGAGAUGGAAGCUAAUGGGUGUAAACCGAAUGCAUGCACAUAUAACACAUUGCUUAAUGGAUUGUGUAAAUCAAGAUUGUUGGACAAAGGGAUGGAACUGUUUGGGGUCAUGAAAGAAGGGGGUGUUCAACUUGAGUCAGCCUCUUAUGCUACUUGCUUGAGAGGGUUAUGUAGAGAAGGCAGAGUUGGUGAGGCUUAUGAGGUUUUUGAUUAUGCUGUUGAGACUAAAAGUUUGACUGAUGUUGCCGCCUACACUACAUUGGAAAGUACUCUGAAAUGGUUGAAGAAAGCUAGGGGACAAGGACUAGCUGUUUGACGGGAUCUUUGCGUAGAAGGAGGUCUGAUGAAGCGAUUGUCUUUGAGGUUUCAGUUAAACUGCUGCUCAGUAUUGGCAAGUUCAAGCUAUGGGUUGAGAUGCAUGGUUUGCAAGUAAAGAAGAUCCACAUGAAUGAACAAACCAGGAGCUCAAUUCCUCCAUGGAAGGUUCAGUUGCCUGCUACAUAAAUGUACUUUGAGACCUUCCAGGUUGUGAAUUUGUUAUGUAUUAAGUUCUCUGAAGACACUUUCAUGCACUAAAAGUGCCAUGAUUCAGAGAGUUGCACCCUUAGCAUGAAUGCUUGGCUUUGUUGGUUCUGCUGUAAAACAAGCCUUCAUUUUUCAGACUCUGACAAGGGAUUUUAGCGCAUUUGGAUUGAUGAAGUGGGCAGAAACAGCAUGAUGCAGCUGCCUUUUACUGGGAAUUCGUUGUUGCAAGCAAGUAUGACAGUACUAUCUUCUCUUCUUCUGAAUUAAUUAUCUUCUUUAGUUGUUCUUUCAAUUUUAAUGGGUACCUUUGGUUUGUCUGUGAUGUUACAUGGACAAGAUUUUUGUAUGAUUGGUGGACUGUGAUUCUUUGCCUAUAAAUAAACUAGAAUGUGAACAUGUUGAGUGCAUAAAUUCUCUUAUGUGAAUAUUCAAUUAGUUUGCUCCUAAUUAAA